AUGUCAUCGUACUUCGACGUGCUUCGCGGCGACAAAACCAAAAAAGUUCGUUUCUUCAACGUUCUCAGCGGCUACCUCAACUCAGAGAACAUAUGCUUUGACGUGCAGUACAAGGUGGGGCAUCAAGUCAAAGACAAGGACUGGAUCGGCGUCUUUCCAGCCGGCUUUCAAAAGCCAAACCAAGACUUUGCUGCAGUCAAAAUGGCACCACCAAGGAGGGGGAGGAAGUACAAGAACUGGAAUGAAAUGCACAAAGUCAUGUUCAAGAGUGUGGAGUGCAAGGUAGGGUUGUUGAGUAAUUUGAUUACGAGAGUUUAGUUAGUUUGGUUGGAGGUUGGGCAAGGUUUUAUUGGGAUUUUGGGAAAAAUGCUAAUUUGUGACAAUUUGAACUGGUUAUUCAAAAAUCAUUCUGAAAAUUGAAAAAAAAACUUUUAAAAAAUAAAAAAAAAUUUGAUAUGGUAUCUGCUCAUUAAAGUAUAUUCGCUUUUAAAAUUAGGAAGAAAAUAUCGCAUCGUUUUUAAGUGUACAACUCUAGUAAGCUUCUACUACCUUAAUGCUGCAUCAUUUUUUUUUAAAUUUUACUUUUGUAAACUUAAUGUCUGAAUAUAGAUGGAACAUUAGAUAAGAAUCCAGUAGCGUCUCGGGUUCUUGGUGUUGCAAGCUUUAGGUUAGGGGUUAGGACGUUGAGUUGUGGCGGCAAGAUAUGACUCAAAUGUGUUACUAUUGACCUUCUGAUCAAUACGGCACGUCCUGAAUGUUAGGUAUAGGAAUUUUUCUGAAGAGCAGAGAGGCAAUUUUAAAAACGAUUUUAUUUUAAAACUAAUCAUGAUGUAUAUGUAUAGAAGCUUUUCUCUGAAACGUCUUAAUUACAUUCUUCUAUUUAAAAUUUCAUGAAAGUAUAGUUUUAAAAGGUAUACUUAAAGUUGUAACAGAUAUAGUACCUUGACAAUUAGUUUAUGUAUGUUUUAAGAUAUUGUACUUACAAUGUUUAUUUAAAGAUAACUUUGUAUGGUAAAAGUACAAGUUUUUUCUCUCUAAUUAUAUUGUAUACUAAAGUACAAAUUUUUAAAUUUUUAAAAAAUUUUAUUGGGGUUUUUAAAUGAGUACAUAUUUGGUAUGUUAUGUAGUCUUUUACUUAUUACAUAGUAAAAUGUUUAAUAUUUUGAUAUAUGACGUUAUAUGACUUACUUAUAUGACACUAUUCCAUAAUUUCCAAAUAUACCACACAGCAAUAUCUUCCAAAAAUAUGUCAUUUCAAGAAGAUACUAUAUAACACUACAUGUUCUUCUUGCACCAAUAUUGCUUCCUCUAUUAUUACUCGGCCAUAAUUACUUGGCCAAACUUUUCGCACUUCCAUUACAUUAUUCAUGAGACAUUUUCCAAUUAAGACUCUUCUUGUUUUCCAUCUUCAUAACAACUUAACUUCGGUUGGCGUGAGAGUUGGCCCUUGUCUCGAUAUUAUGCAUUUUCACGAAUUCGGGUAUUAUAUAAAGUGGCAACUUUUGUUUCGGUCGGAAAGUGAAAUGGGGUUUCGAGGAAUGCUGUUCAAAUAAUUCUGCGCCCCUUCUCAAAGCAAAUUUUUGGAGUUGGGGAGGAGGGUGCUGAAUUAGGUGAUCAAACUAAUGAGUUGGACUGAGAUGUGAUUUGCAAAAGGAGGGGGGUAAAAAAUUUUUCGGGGGUAGAGAAGGGAAAAUUUUUGAAACAUCUGGUAGUAAAAAAUAAUUUACUGUAUUUUUGGCUUCAAGUAUAACAUUUUUGAACCAGAAAAGCCCCGUUCUAUUGUAAGAAUAGAAAUUUCUAGCGAUAUAAAGUCAGCCGGUUGUCAGCAAGAAUUAUUUUGACACACCUCGAAUUGGGAAUGGCAUUUUUGUGCACUAUACGAACGUCGUGCUGCCUGAGCCAAGGUUAUAUACGAUGUUGUUUACAACUCCAAGGGUUAUACAUCUUGUUCCGAGGAUUUAUGACUUUUCUUGUCUUAUGACAUUCUCUGCGGUUCUUCUUAUAUUUGGCACUUCUUUCCUUAAACUUAAGUCAUUUAGUCUUAAGCUUGGCGCAUCUCAAAGGUCUUCUAUAUUAACAUAUGUUUUACUAUCUUAUUUGAGCUAUUUUGAGCACAUAUUAUGAUGUACUUGCAUAUAAGCCCUAUUACAACAAUAUAACUCUAUACGAAUGUAAAAGGGAGCGUAAUGUAAUUUGGUAUCUGAGUUGUUGACAUGUUUUCAAUUUAAUUUCCAAACACUUGAGAGGCGAUAAAGUCGCUUUUAAUUCGAGGGUCUGUUUAUGGCCAAGAUGUUAUGGUAACUAGAGUCUGAGGAUCUUGCUUUGUUUUAUAUAGUCAAGUCAAAAACAGACAAACAAUGAGGCUAUUCUCGCGGCUUCAGGGUGCAAGUUUAGCGCUUUAAGGUCGAAGUUUAAAAGAUAUUAUAGGCUCUCGAUGUUAACUUUAGGUUUAAUUUUGUUAAAUUUUUAAAACUUUAAGGCUUUUAAAGUUUAAAAAGAGCAUUAUUAGUUGAAAAAAUAAAAUUUUAAUUAAUUUUUGAAAUUUUAAAUCCUCUAAAACACUUGAAAAGUAAUUUAAAACGUCGCAAGUUAAGGAAGCCGGCUUCGGAUCCGGCGAGUACGGAGCUGUUCGUACUCGAAAAGAGCACGUCCAGGCUGUUUUGAUAGUGUGAAUCAGAAGCAAAACGCCUCAGGGGAUCUUUUGUCACAUUCUUCUUUUGUGCUUCUAGUUCUAUUGUUCGCGAACCCCCUCAGGGCAUUGGGAAAAAACGGCGUUUGGCCGAUUUGGAGCCCCAAAAGGUAAUCGGAGCCGGUUUUUUGUGUGGACGCGACUUUCGGCCCCAAGUCAUAUUGUCUCUUUGUGGCGGGAAAUUGUCGUAUUUCCGGUGCCGCAACCAGCCGGCUUCACUUAGCCGAACGGGUCAACAACCAGGAUUCGCUUAAGCAAGGGGUGGAAUGGGGUUGGCGUUGGGGGUGGUUUAUUUAUGGGCUUGAAUGGGAUCAUGGACUAGGCUUGAGUUUUGUUUUGAAGCGCUUUAGGGACUGUUGAGGUUAAAACCAGCCGGUUUUAUGUAAAGUGCUAAAUGAGGUAGUUAAAAAAUUAUUCAGACUUAACAUACUGACUUUAAAUUAGAGAUAAAAUAAAUUUUACUAAAACGUAAAAGCAGCCCUUGCCCAUAACAAAAUUGCCAACUCAAAACCUGCCACCCCCUAAAACAACGCCAACAACCAGCCGGCUUCCGCGAGGCGCGAAGCACGCGGAAGACGAAUGACUUUAGAAGUUGUAUUCUGCCGUUGUUCUCGACCAUAAUCUCGUUUCGGCUUUGUCCCAAAUCGAGUUUGGCGUAUUGUUUCAAGUAUCGUUUAUUGCACUUCCGAGGCCACGAUUUAUGGGAUGGCACGCCGUUUUAUAGGUGACAUUUCCAAUGUUUCACGAAGGCUUUUUGGCGGAUUCUGAAGGAGGGUGAAGUAAAAUACGGGCUGACUAGGACUUUUUUGUCGUAUAGAGAUGGGCUUUUUUUGAAAAAGAGGGGUAAACUUUUUUAACGUGAGGAGGGGUGUUAUCUGAUAAUUUUUUUUCUUUUUGUAAAUACAAUUAAACCUACUCUUUUUUUAUAUAUGUUACCACUUUUGUUGAUAUACUUUUGUUCAGAAGGCCUCGAGGCAAAUAAUUUCUUGGAAAGUCAAGAAAUUCUCAGGACCUUCUUAAUAAUGUACUGCUUAUCGCGUUUUAUGCCCUCAGGGCCCAAGAAACUUCUCAUACUCACUUUUUAAAUUCUUCGUCGCUAAAUUUACUUUGCUUCGAAAUGUCGUAUAUCAAGUUUAAAAGGCUUUUUCGAAAUGCAAAAUACGAUUCCAGUAGUAUUUUUGAAUUUUGAAACUCGACUUAACUUAUGCCUUGUAAAGAAAGUUUUUGCUAAUUUGAAUUACUUUAAGCUAGCCCCAAGAAACUUCUACCAAAUUGCCUACAUCAACUCGAGCAACAAAACUGUAGCGACAAGUGCCAUAUUUUAUAUCGAAGGGGAACAAAUCAUGCCAAAACAAGCUGUCAUUAUCCAGAAUCAGCCAGAACCUGGAAUUCUUAGUCAUUGUAAGUUUCUUUUGUUUUUGUAUUUAUUAUAUUCUUUGGUUUUACCUAAAAUAUAGGUAAGAAAUUUUACUAAAGUAAUAUUAAACCUAGGUUUUUAAAAGUUGAACUUUUUCAACAUUAUUGAGAAUAGUUUACGGUAAAAAAAGAUUUUAUUGUUGUUAUUUUUAACGUUUUUUCGGCAGGAAACGCGUGUCAUAAAAAUAUUAUAUUAUACUAUGAAAAGCUGUCGAAAGGAAAAACGAUAGUUUUUAUAAAAAUUACUUUGGUUUAAAAUUUAAAAAACGUUUUGACAAGCCAGUUUUGUAUAUACUUGUUAUUAAAAGCACAAUUUAUUAAACUAGGCUUGUUUGGCAAAAUAUUUAUCUAUUUAAAAAAUGAGCAAGGGUUUGGAAAAAGCUAAAAUAGACAAGGGUUGGUUUGUGAAGAUUAAAAUAGGCAAGAAUAGACUUGGGUGAGCCUUUGUACAAGGUUAUGCUUCUUUUCAGCGGGGUGUUCUAUUCUCCGGAGAUUUGGUUUUAGUCAGGUGAUACCUAUGAUCUUUCCAAUCCGGGCCAAAAUUGCAGGCCCUUGAGACAUUUUAUUUUUUACUAGUCUCAGGGUAACAUACAUUCUGUCGAAGCAAAUGUUUAAGGUCAGGGGGCAUAGAGUUGUUUGAACAACCUAAUAUUUCACUUUUUAGCACAAUAUGUUAAAGCUACAAGCAAGAAAAAUCUAUUUGUUAUUUAAAAAGAUAAUAGUUUCUACAUAUUUUAAAGUUUUAUUACUUUGCAACAUGUUAUAAAACUGGUUUAUUAACGAUUUUUGAGAAUGUUUUUCUUAUGAAAUGUGAGAAAUGUUACAUUUUUCAUCAUUAACAUUAUCAUUGACGUACUUUCCAUUAUAAUUACUCAAUUUAAUAAGCAUUUUUUGUAAAGCCUGAACUUUGAAAAUGAAAUCCAACUCAAAUUAUAAGAUAUUCAAGUUUCAGUGUUGUGUUCGUCGGCGUCAUGGACAGAAAACACGGCGUCGAUGGCGUUGUCAGACGACUCUGGGAUGGAGGACGAUAGCUCGGAUUCGCGAAAUUCGAGAGAUUCACUCAAGGCCAACGAUGACGACGACGAUGAAGCCGACGAGAGUAAUCCACUGCUUGAAUUGAGAACUCAGGAGCAGGUCAGUAUUGUACUCAAGGUUUUAAUACUUGUUGUUGUAUGUCUGAAGUUUGUUUAUUAUAGUACUUAUAGUAUUUUGGUCGUUUUUUUGUAUUAUGGAGUACUGUGAGCAUUGUACUUGGUUUUGAAGUUGUCUAUCUAUGCCUUGUGAUAAGGCCAUACAUAUACUGAGGUUAUGACCAAUAUUUCGUGUCAUAAAAAGCCUAAUAAAUAUAUAGCUAGCAUAACUUAACCUUACUAUUACUAUUUUUACUACUUCUAUCUUUCGCACAAAACCUCUUACUAUCAUAGUUAAUAUUAAUUUUAAAACCAAUAGCACUUGUCUAAUACUAAUCAAGCUCUCUCACACUACAAUAACAAUAAGUUACAGUACUUUUUCUAAUUAUAAUUCUAAUUACAGUGGCAGUAA